GGAAGUCGCACGUAGCAGUUGUGAUCGAAAGUGAAACUGAUUUCUUAUAAAAUUUUUUUAUAAUUUUUAUAUUAAAAGUGAAAUUAAAUUAUUAAAAAUAAAACAAAUUAUUUUGUUUUAUAAGUUUAAGAAAUGAAGUGUUUUGUUCUAUUGGCACUUUGCCUUACUGCCGUUGCAGCAGAUAAUUUGGAAGGAAGUAAACGAAGAGAUUUUAAUACUUUACAUUAUUCCCAACAUCAACAAACUGUUGAUGAGGCCAGGAGGCAGCUUGGUGUGAACUAUGAUGGUCAACAACAAGCAUCUUUUGAGGAAGUUGGACAUUAUGGUGGUGUUGGUACUGUCGGCUUAAGUGGUGCUGAAUUAGGUUCAACUUCAUCACUUUCUGGUGGUUUGUCCAGCGGUCUUUCCAGCAGUCUAUCUAGUGGUCUUUCCAGCGGUCUCUCCAGCAGUCUUUCUAGUGGUCACUCCAGCGGUCUUUCAAGUGGACUUUCAACUGGUUACUCAAGUGGUCUUUCAAGCGGUCUCACAAGUGGUUCGUCAUUCGGUUACAAUCAAAAUGCCAAUUUUGGUUUGUCAUCAUCAUCAUCACUUGGUUCAAGUUCCAGUUUGCUUAAUAGCGGUGGCGCAUCUGUUGUUGUACCUGUAUCAGGUGGCAGUUCUACAUCAAGCGUUUCAGAACAAACCGAAAAUAUAGUUUCACAUAGUGCACCACAAUUAAUAAGCACUGGUGGUUCUACAGGAGGUCACGAAAGUCUAUUGCAUCAUGAGGAACACAUCAGUAGUGCUGCACCACAAUAUAUUUACAGCGCACCAUCUAGCGGUGCUGAAAAAUACUAUCAUCACGAAGAGCGCUUAAUAAGCAAACCACAAGCACAAAUUGUAUACACAGUACCAUCAAGCGGUGCAGAGAAAUAUGUACAUCAUGAAGAACGUACAGUUAAUCAACCUGCACAAAUUGUACAAAUCACUGCACCAUCCGGUGGUUCCGAAAAAUAUAUACAUUACCGUGAAGAAGUCAAGAAGGCACAACCUAUUCAAUAUUACGUACAACCAUCUGGUGGUCAUGAAUCAUAUGUGAAAUACAAUAAAAUCACCUCUACAGCUAGUCAGCCACAAGUUAUUGUUUCACCAUCAAGUGGUUCACACUCAUCAUUGAUCCAACAUACAAGCUCCACUAACACUGGCUCAAACCUUGGUGCUUUACUUAGUGGUGGACUUCAAAGUUCUUCCAAUCUUAACAGUUAUGGUAACUUAAAUAGCGGCUUUGUAGGUGGCUCUCAUGGUGCAUUCACUUCUGGUACUUCAAGUUCAUUAACUAAUCAAAUGGCUACCACUGGUUCCACUUCCUCCAACCUAAAUUCAUUCGGCAAUUACGGCUAUGGUGGCAGCAAUUCCCUCACCAGUGGACAACUCACAAGUGGCAAUUCACUUGGUUUGGGCAGUCAGUUGAGCAGUGGUCUUUCACAUGGUAACCUUCUUCAGAGCAAUACCGGUUUUACUCAGGGUUCAUCACUACACAGCGGUUCCUCUCUUGGUUUACAAUCUUCACUUGGCUUAGGUUUUGGUGGUAGCUCUGGAUUGCAUCAAUAUAUGACUGAAUCUGAACGUUUGGCCAAACUACAAUCACAAGGUGUUAGCGUUGGUGGUGUUGCUACAGGUGGCAGCCAAACUGCCAAUGUGUUGAAUAGCGGUUCUGUUGGCAAUACUGGUUUUGGUGGACUUGGUGCUGGUUAUGGUGGUAGCGGUUACAAGACCAAAUCAUGGGAGAAGGCUUCUAAAUGGUCAUCGCAAUCAGAAUUCGGCUCCGAUGGACAAGUUAAGAAUUUCAAGGAAUUGUCAACAGGUGAAAGUGAAUCAUAUGAUAUCAAUGGCAAACGCACUGGCUACAAAGCUGCUACCACCACACUCGACGAUAAUGGCAAAUUGAGCAGCUACAGCUUGCAUACGUAAACCAAUAGAAUAAAUUUAAUUUGAAUAUUUUGGAAUUCUAAAAAUAAAAGAAAUCUUUUUGUCUUAGCAAUUAUUGAAUUGCAUAAUAAAAAUAAAAAAACAUAAUAAAA